AUGGAAAAAGUAAAAAUUAGCAUUUUAGUGAAGAUUGUGCUCGAUUUAGCUUAUAUUUUGAUUAUCCUUACUUCUUUUUUUGUGACUAUUUUUAGUUACGAUGAAAGAUUAUCAAUUUAUCUCUCAAAAGUGUCAGAUACUCAUCUUGAAGAGACAAAAAUCCUAUUUCCUAAUUAUAUGAAUCAAAUGUGUAUAGAUAAUGAAGCUACUUUUUGUGAUUAUUUAAAAUAUUGGCAAGCUGCAGGGAUCUAUUAUUUAGUGUUUUCAUCCCUCUCUCUCGUUUUUUGCAUGUAUGUACUCUUAAGAUGCUCACUUAGAUAUGCUGAUAAAGAUGCUUUAUUUAGUGUGAAAUAUGAUUUGGAUUGGUAUAUUUACCCGACUUUAGGCUUUUUCGCUGUUUUUCUUUAUAUAAUUAUUAGCGGGAUAUUUACAACUGAAUUUUCUUACGAGUAUGAGGGUCUAACUGAUGAAAAAGUGACAAUUGAAGCUGGGCUUAUUCUAAUGAUUGCAGCUUUCUUGAUUAGCUUUAUAAGUGCGAUUUAUUUUCUUGUUGAAAGAAAAAAAUUUGAGCAAAAAUCAGAUCUUGAGAAGCCGUUUUUAAAGAAUUAUCAUAUUUAA